GCCCAACAAGACAACAUGCCUCCCAAGAAGCCUGAGCCUAAGAAGGAAGCGGCCAAGGCAGCCUCAGCCCCAGCCCCGGCCUCUGCCCCACCUCCUGAGCCUCCCAAGGAACCUGCCUUUGAUCCCAAGAGUGUAAAGAUAGACUUCACUGCUGACCAGAUCGAAGAGUUCAAAGAAGCCUUUUCAUUGUUUGACCGGACCCCGACUGGAGAGCUGAAGAUCACCUACGGGCAGUGUGGGGACGUGCUGCGGGCCCUGGGCCAGAACCCCACCAACGCCGAGGUGCUGCGCGUCCUGGGCAAGCCCAAGCCGGAAGAGAUGAACGCCAAGAUGCUGGACUUUGAGACGUUCCUGCCCAUCCUGCAGCAUAUCUCCCGCAACAAGGAGCAGGGCACCUACGAGGACUUCGUGGAGGGGCUGCGCGUGUUUGAUAAGGAGAGCAACGGCACGGUCAUGGGCGCCGAGCUUCGCCACGUCCUCGCCACCCUGGGAGAGAAGAUGACUGAGGCUGAAGUGGAGCAGCUGUUAGCAGGGCAGGAGGAUGCCAAUGGCUGCAUCAAUUACGAAGCCUUUGUCAAGCACAUCAUGUCUGGGUGAAGCAGACCCCUCCAGGGUGCCUGGCCCAUGGCCUUAGCCCAGGUGAGUUUACGAGAGGCCCAGAGUGACUGAGCUGGAGUUGGAGCCCU